AGAGAGAGAGAGAGAGAACGACUUGCAGAUAUAUAAAUACUCAUGGAGCCACCCACCCUCAUUAACAAAGAAUCCGUCCAGCCUUGAGAAGCAGAGAAGAGGAGAGAAACAAGAGACAGACAGACAGAGAUAGAGUAACUGAGUAAACGGGUUCUUGCCUGACAUUUGUCUUGUCCGGGUGGCCAUUCAUGGCCACCGUGGGGCAGCCUGAUGCCAUGAGAAGGAUCACCGUUCACUACGUGAAUCCGCCGCCGAUCGCCGGCGCCGGAGAAGCACACGUCGAUGGCCUCGACGACGAGGUUCUUGAUUAUGUGAUUGGUGAUGUUCUUCAGGAUCAGGAGGGUCUGUAUCAAUCGAUAUUGUAUGGCAAAUACGGGGAUGACAUGAGAGGGGCAAGAAACACUGCUCUUGCCCAAUCUGAUGGUUUACAUUACUACUAUCACGGAGAGAACAGCAGUGGUGAAGCAACAACCUCGAGAAAUUCAGAAAUCGACCAACAGAUUGAGUAUGACUUGGUGUUCGCUAGGCAGCUGCAGGCAAUGGAUAAUCUGACAAUUGAGACACCUGCAGAUGAAGAUGAUGAUAUAAGCUGCGUACCCUCUCCAUCUGACUCUGAAACCGAUGAACCGGCAGAAGGCAACAACGAAGAGGCUGCCACACAGGAUGAUAACGAUGAUCCAGACAACAUGACAUACGAGCAAAGGCAGGCACUUGUGGAAUCUGUAGGAAAUGAGAACAGAGGUUUAUCUGAUCUGCUUAUCUCCUACUUGGAGACAUGGAAGUACAAAUCAGGCUUUUUCCCAAGGAAGGCAAACCAUGAUAACUGUCCUAUAUGUCUAUCCGCUUUCAGACGCCGAGAAACACUCAUUACAUUGGCUUGCAAGCAUAGUUACCAUGAAGGUUGUAUUGCUAGAUGGCUCAAGAUUGACAAGGCCUGCCCAGUUUGCAAAUAUGAAGUGUUUGGACCUUCCUAGCGUGUGAGGAGGCGAUCAACAAGGCUGACCAACUAUGACUCGAUGAGACGGCAUAUAGUGGUUGCAGCAUCUGCUCUGCAGUAUUAAUUAAAAAGGGAAACCUUAACUCCCAAAAAAAACAGAGAAGGGAAGAAAAAGAAAGCAAAAAGGAAAAAGGAAAAAGAAAAAGAAAAGACAAGGAGAAAAGAAAUUUGAAAACAGAGAUGCUUCGUCAAGAUUGUGCAUUUUUUUCAUGUUUUUUUUUGGCUGUGUACAAGCGUAAUUUUGACCUGAUCGACUCAAGGCAGUCGCUCGAGGCCUUUAAUUUCGUAAAGCUUCAUAUGCAUGAGUGUGCAAUUGUGUGCCUAUAGUAGUAUAGUACAUGUUUUCUGUUUGAAACGGAGUCAAAGAUCUCUCUCCUGCCGACCACCCAUCUAAAAGAAGGCCAUGUGUACAUCAAUACAUGUACUGAUAUAUACUCCCUCUGUCCAAAAUAAAUCAACUUUUGUACAUGUCAAAA